GGUUUCUGUAUGAACGGAAUUGCCUGCUGCUGUAAUUACACUGACGGGAGUGUGGAAUUCACUUGUACUUCCCGUGAAGAGCAGAUUCAUCAUCUAUCCAAGGUUUCUCGAAGGUAACGAGGAGAUUCUGCCCCGGGCCAAUCAUACAGUAACGCGGAAGAAAGGAAGGUGCUGGCAAUUCAAUUUGCUAUCGGAACCCGGACCCUCGCUGACGAUCAUCACUACGAACCUGCACCUGCACCUGCUGCUCCUUUGCGACGAGAAUCUUGGAAAGCAAACAAGGAGCUUCUGCUUCAUUUUUUGUCGCUGUUCUGCUUCUGCUUCUUGCCUUUUUCCGAGGUCGAUACCCCUAAUUAGCAGCGUAAGCAUAAAGCCUCAACUGAGUCGCUCUUGCCUGCUCAACUUCCUACCAACCCUGGGAUAGCAACGCGUCAACCCCUCCUUCCACCGCCAAACGUCGUCAUUGCUGCACGGCGGGAAGAGCUCAACACCCCACCACAACACCCCACAUCACCAAGUCCUAACCCCAAACCAAGCUCCCCAUAGCUAUCGCAUACCUUCUCAGCCUCGAAAACAUAAAAUCAACAUACCUUCACCAUGCCGGCCAUCAUCGAAGACAGCAAGCCCGGUCGGAUGCUGCUAGUAUCCAAUCGUCUGCCAAUCACAAUCAAGCGCUCCGAGGAUGGCACCUAUGCCUUCUCCAUGUCCUCUGGCGGUCUGGUUACUGGUCUGAGUGGACUAUCCAAAACAACAACUUUCCAAUGGUAUGGAUGGCCUGGAUUGGAGGUCCCAGAGGCUGAGGCUGGUCCUAUGGUCAAGAGGUUGAAGGAUGAGUAUGGGUCGGUGCCCGUGUUUAUUGAGGAUGACUUGGCAGAUAGACAUUAUAAUGGUUUCUCAAGUAUGUCAUCUUCUCUGUCUACCCUAGACACUUGGAUUGGGUUUAGAUGCUAAUUGUACUUUUACAGACUCUAUCCUUUGGCCUCUCUUCCAUUAUCACCCCGGAGAAAUCACCUUUGACGAAUCGGCUUGGGAAGCAUACAAGGAAGUCAACCGUCUCUUCGCGCGCACCAUGGCAAAGGAUGUUCAAGAUGGGGAUCUCAUUUGGGUCCAUGAUUACCAUCUGAUGCUCCUCCCUCAAAUGCUACGAGAGGAAAUCGGUGAUCGUAAGAAGAAUGUUAAGAUUGGAUUCUUUUUACAUACGCCCUUUCCCAGUAGUGAGAUUUAUAGGAUCUUACCGGUUCGAGAGAGUUUGUUGUUGGGUGUUUUGCAUUGCGAUUUGAUUGGUUUUCAUACUUAUGAUUAUGCGAGGCAUUUUUUGAGUAGUUGUUCGAGGAUAUUGUAAGUCUCUUUUACAGGGUAUCUGAGAAUCUUGGACUAAGUUUAUCAUAGAGGAUACUCGACAACUCCCAACGGGGUAGAUUUUGCUGGUAAAUUCAUCACGGUUGCAGCAUUCCCCAUCGGCAUCGACCCUGAGAAAUUUGUCGAAGGCCUCCAAAAGAAAUCCGUCCAGGACCGAAUCGCAGUCCUGGAACGCAAGUUCCAGGGCGUGAAACUAAUCGUCGGAGUCGAUCGUCUAGAUUACAUCAAAGGAGUUCCUCAAAAACUACAUGCCCUCGAGGUGUUCCUCACUGAGAACCCGGAAUGGGUUGGUAAGGUAGUCUUAGUUCAAGUCGCCGUUCCCUCCCGACAGGACGUCGAAGAGUACCAAAAUCUUCGAGCGGUAGUCAACGAGUUGGUUGGACGGAUCAAUGGUAAAUUUGGAACCAUUGAAUUCAUGCCCAUCCACUUUCUCCACCAGUCCGUCGACUUUGAAGAACUUACAGCUCUUUACGCCGUCUCGGACGCCUGUCUUGUCUCAUCCACCCGUGAUGGGAUGAAUCUCGUUUCCUAUGAAUACAUCGCGACUCAACGAGCCCGUCAUGGUGUCAUGAUUCUCUCCGAGUUCACAGGUGCCGCUCAAAGUUUGAACGGUGCACUGAUCGUCAAUCCAUGGAAUACCGAAGAGCUAGCAGGUGCCAUCCACGAUGCGGUUACCAUGAGUCCAGAGCAGCGAGAAAUCAACUUUAAGAAGUUGGAAAAGUAUGUUUUUAAGUAUACUAGUGCAUGGUGGGGGGAGAGUUUCGUGAGUGAGUUGGUCAGGAUUAGUGAGCAUGCGGAGAAGAAGCAGAAGAGGAUUGGGGGCGCGGUUACAGGGAAGGUAGAAGAGGUUGUAGAGGGGAUUAAGGAGUUGGUGGUUGGAGAGAAGGAGGGUGAGGAGGAAGCUUAAAGAGGAUGAGGGUUUCAGGGCAUAGGGCUUAUUCUCUUAGGGGGUGGGAGGCUAUGGAUGGGAUGUGAGUGACGAUGACCUCAGGUUGAUGAAACAAUGGAUUUUCGGAGGGCAAUCAUGGAGAUGCGUUAAGAUUAUGAUUUUGAGAUGAAGCGAUGGUCGGGGCGUUUUUUAUACAUAGCACGGAGAGGCACACACACACAGAGGGAGAAAGAGAGGAGAGAGAAACUAUUACAUGUCUUUUUGUAUGAAGCAUCCGAUUGAUUCCUUAGAGAAACGAAGUCAAGUUACAUACUAGGGGUAUCUUUUUCGGGGGGAUUUGAGUUUUGCAAUCCGA